AUGGACAGCAUUCCACCGGAAGUUCAGCAUAUUUUCACACUAUAUUCUGGCUCCAUUUUGGCCGAACCUCUUUACAGAUUCAUUUUCUCCCAACGUCACCACCGCCUGCUGGUAUGAAAUGAAAUAUGGCGCCGAUGUCGGCCCUCCAUCUCUCCCUGCCUUUUCACCUCAAAUCAUAGCAAACCAGUUAGCCCGAAGGUCACUGUGACCAAUCUUACUGCCGUCCCAAAUCCUGAUAGCGCCUUUUACGUCUGCGACAACUAGAGCGACAGACGAUUCCCCGCAGACACUGGUGCUCAGCUGUCAUUUCUCCUACAGCAGCCGACCGUCGAUACUCAAGCCCCGACCUCUUCAUUCAGACCGUCAAAACCUCGCCAAAUAUCAAGUUCUUUACCUGCUAUCUCUCUCUCUCUCUCUUGGCAACGGCUCCCUGGACCCCGACCCACAUUGUCAAUCUCGGCAGUUCCCAGUCAAAUACCCCUGUCUCCUCCGUCCUAACUUCAGUGCCUCGAUUCCAUCGCAGGGCGUUGUUCAUCAUAUCCGAACCACUGACCCUGCUGUGCUUUCCCGACCUCUGCGUCUCGCGCCUGCAUGACUGCUUGCGACCAAAGCCGAUUUUGAGCGCAUGCUGGCAUUCCUACUGUUGACUGCCGGACCUUGAACAAUAUCACCAUCCCCGGCCGCGACCCUCUCCCCUAUUUUCAGGAUUUUGCCAGUAUCCUAUUCGGCAAGUCUGUCUUUUCGAAGACUGACCUGAUCCGGACCUUCCUUCAGAGCCCCAUCGCCGUGGUGGAUGUUCCAAACACAGGUUGUCACCACCCCCUUAGACCUCUGAGUUCCUGCGCAUGCCGCUUGAACACGGCAACGCCUCCUAGACCUUCCAGAUGUCCGUAGACAGAGUGCUUCGCGACUUAUACUCUCUCUGACAUUUCAACCGUCGUGCUCGACGAUGUCCAUCGUGGUCUCAACAGCAGGGCGAAUGCAGGAAUGGUGACUUGUGCGUGAUUUUUUUAUGGCGAUAGUAGACUUGCGCCACACCUACCGCACUCCCUCCUCCACUUCCCCACCUGGGCUCGGUGUCAAGACAUAGUCAAGAAGAUCGGAGGCGGGAGAAGGCGUAGGGGGUUGGCACGGCCGGACACAAACCUACGCGUACCACAACACCUCUGGUUCACAAUACUUAAUCAGGAUUCUAACCAGUAGCAACGAUAGCAACGGCUAGCGCGGCCGGAGCCUGCCCUCGGCGUGCCGCCACGUGCGACUCCGAUCCCACGGAGUGGGAGUGCUAAAGAGGCCAUAUUAAGGAGAGCAGUUGCAGCCUGAUGCUCAGACCUCCGGUCCGCCACUUCAGACAAACACACACGUGUCUGACGUUUAGGCUGGAGCAGGGGCGGUCGUGGAGACAGCAGUUGCGGUCGUCGGGUGGUUGAUGCAUUGGGUUCGGCGAUGACCGAAGAGGCCGAUCUGCGCGCGGAAUGUUCGUUGACCGCGCGGACACGUUGGGUCGCACUGAGUGCUGAUAUUGCGAAUCGGAGGAGUCUGAGACUUGCCAACGGUCCUUUUGGUUUUGGCGUUGGCUGCCCGGUUUGCUUCAUAGACGACUGCCUUCUAUUACCCAGGUCGGUCUGUUCUGGGCGGAGUUCUUCCAGUCCGAGUUAACCUGCAAUCGCCUCAGAGAUUUUUUAAAAGUGUCCUUAUAGCGUUGUUUUUGUUCCCCUGGUCGGCGAGCACCCAUGGCGACAUCUCGGUAGAAAAGUUGUUUGGUAGGCGAGUGUAGUCCAUUAUCUCCAGAUGGCUGCCCCAUCCCAAUCGCAGUUGCCUCAGCAUGGCGUGGAUGCCCAGGAUUCCGACUCGUUCUAGGACUUCCCUGUCCGGUAACCUCUCUGCCAUCUCAGCUUCAGUAUUCUGUGGAGGCAGCCGAGAUGGAAGUGGUUGAGCUUCCUGACACGACUGGAGUAGACUGUCGAGAUAGCCACUCCGUACAGAAUUGUCGUCAAGACGAGGGCUUGUUCAUCUUCAGUUUGGUGUUCAUUUGCAGUCCGUGGCGAUUCUAAAUGGAGGCUUAAAGCCGGCCGAAGGCCUAACUGGCUUUGGGAAGGCGACGGGUUACCUCAUCGUCAAUGUUUAUGCUGCGCAAAAGCGGGCUUCCUAGGUAAAUGAAGCUGUCCACAGUUUUGAGCUGGCUGUCGUUCACAGUGAUUUAGUGAGAGCUGUACUUCGCGCUAGGUGACGGUUUGUGCAUGACCGCCGUUUCUUCCGUGUUGAUGGUCAGUCCGAAGUUGUUGCAGCCGGCAGCCAGGAGGUUCAUGCUCCGUUGCAUGUUCACUUCGGUCGUGGUGUUGAGCACGCAGUCGUCGACGACGAGCAGUUCAUGGACUGUGGUCGCAGACAGCCGCAUUGGGGCCUUCGUGCGCUUGUUGUUGAGAAGAUGCCAGUAAAUUCUGUAGGCGCCGCCGCCGCCGCCACCGCCUCCUCCUCCUGUCGUUGCUGCUGCUGGUGGCGCCUGUGGUGAUGAUGAUGAUGAUGAUGAUGAUGAUGAUGAUGAUGAUGAUGAUGAUGAUGAUGAUGAUGAUGAUGAUGAUGAUGAUGAUGAUGAUGAUGAUGAUGAUGAUGAGUGA